AUGGAGCACGGCGAAGAUGGGGACCCCUCCACCUCUCUUGACAUGUUUCAAGAGCCUGUCGAUUUCUACGAGCCCGAAAAGCCACCCACCUUCACCAGCUACACUCUACAAAACGGCCAAUGUCUCACGCUGCGACUUGGUCAUCUGCUCUGGAACGCGGGUCAGGUCAUGUCCAAAUAUCUCGAGCAGAACACCAAAGAGCUCGUGCAGAACAAGACUGUCUUGGAGCUGGGCGCUGGUGCUGGCCUUCCCAGCCUAGUGGCUGCGAUCUUAGGGGCUCGGAGAGUCGUGGUGACAGACUAUCCAGAUCAGGAUUUGGUUGCGAACCUGCGUUACAACGUGGAGCAUUGUUCAGCUCUACUCGACAAGUCAAAUAUUGUAACGGAGGGUUUCGUCUGGGGUGGUCAGGUCGAGCCUUUGAAAUCGCAUAUCCUGCCGGACGUUGAUGGGUUUGAUCUUUUGAUCCUGGCUGACAUUUUGUUCAACCACUCCGAGCAUGCGAAACUGCUGGCCACUGUCCGUGACUGUUUGAAAAGGACGAACGAGUCAGCCGCCCUGGUGUUUUUCACGCCAUAUCGUCCCUGGUUGCUUGACAAGGAUCUCCACUUCUUCGAGCUGGCUCGAGCUGAGGGCUUUGUGGUUAAUAAGAUAUUGGAACAAAUCAUGGAUAAAGUCAUGUUCGAAAACGAUCCUGGAGACGAAGCACUUCGCAGAACCGUCUUCGGGUAUGAGGUCAAGUGGAAACUUUGA